AUGGCUGACGCGGGCCCGAGCAUCAGUGCCCUGAGCGCAGGCCCCAACAACUGCGCGCUCGAGGAGGCCAUCACGCUCGAGAUGGACUUCACCACUCCACGCGAACUGCCGGCGGGCAGCUGGCGCGUGCGGUUCGUCGCCGACACGGCUGGCUCGUGCAAGGUCGUCGAGCUUGGCUCGACGGAUGCGCAGCGCUACCCGGAGGGGCCGGGUAAGAUGAGGUUCCACCGCGACUCUCUCGACGUGAUGCACCUGCAGCGGGCGAUCCUCUGCAACGUCGGGCUGAUGACGGCCACGCUGCUAGACGGCGACGACGAGGUGCUGGAGGUGCCGAUGGUGGUGCACGUCACGCCGGACAGUGCGGGCAAGCUCUUCAGGUCAAUAUACAACCCGCUGGAGUGAAUACGCCGGGAUCAUAGCGUCGCGCCGAGAGCCCGAGCGGGGCCGAGGCCGCCACCGGGGUGCUGCGGCAGGGGCGGACCUCAGUAACGUCUACACACCGAAGGGCGUUCGUCUUUCGUUCUCGCGCACGGUACUCUCACGUGUCACGAGCCCUUGCUUCUGAAAAGAGUCUC